AAAUGUGAAACUGUUUAGUUAUGUUGCGAAUACAUACAAAACGUACAGUGAUUAUUAAAGAGACAGAUACAGUGUGACCAUAGUUGCCACCGCUGGAUUAAGAACACUACUUCAAGAAAUUAAUUUGUAGCAAUGAUGGUUUUAAAAGUAUCAGUGGGAAAGAAGUAGAUUCUCAUAGUCCUAUUUAAUUUUUAUUGGGAAUAUCGACUGGACAGCUCGAAAUAUUUAAAAACCAAUGUCGAAGAUAGAAAGCGAUCCGAACGCUUCAUUAAGCAUAAUGGAGCAAAUUCAAAACCUUAUCAAACCUCCACCAAAUGAAGAGGAAAAACUAUUAUUGCGUCCAACAGUUAUAAAACAUCCGUAUUAUAAACGUCCUGGCAGAGGUCACAAUCAUGAUUUGUGCGAUGCAUGCGAGGAGGGUGGAGAUUUGUUGUGCUGUGAUCGUUGUCCCUCCAGCUUUCAUUUGCAAUGCCACGAUCCUCCACUUACGGAAGAAGACAUACCCAGCGGCCAAUGGUUAUGCCAUAAUUGUCGAAUGACGCUAAAAACUGCUCCAUCGUCUUCCAAAUCGAGCUCAGUUGAGCGAACUUCUGCAACUGUGUCAGCCGCCGUGAAUUCGCGUCCGAAUACUCCUUCUGCGGGAGGUGAUCUGGAAUCUUUACCAUUAAAAAUUAGGCAUUUGCGGAAACGUAGCAAUAGUCGCACUUCAUUUUGCAGCGAUUUAAGUAGCACAGAGAAAUAUUUAUCGAAGCUUCCAAUGGGCAUCCAGAAAGCAUUGGACCCUAACAAGAAACCAACACCGUUGGAUGAGCUUAUAAAAGCCGCUAGUAUAUUAAAUCCUCGUCAAUUUGAAUUGCCUCGUGAACUUGAAAUUCAUACACAGUUUCCUGGAAAUGAUAAAGUUGAGCCCGUACGUAGUAAUGGCAACGGUCACAAAAAGCCAAGUUUCCGCCGUAAUUCGAAGCCAUAUGAAUUAGAUUCGCAGGGCUUAGUACCUUUACCAGCAAAAAUUUGCUUUUAUUGCCAUCGGUCUUGUAAAAAGGCUCCAUUGGUAGCAUGUGAUUAUUGUCCACUGUUUUAUCAUCAAGAUUGUUUGGAUCCGCCUAUGACAGCUUUACCUACUGGCUUAUGGAUGUGUCCGAAUCAUGUAGAAAAUUUUAUUGAUAACAAUCUGUUAACAAGUAUUUCGGCUACCGAACGCGUACGUUUAUGGGAUAGAUUUUCGCAACCGUUUGAUCAUGAAGCCGUUAAAAUGGCAUUUUUCCGCCGAGUGCACAUGCAGAAUCCACCAUUUCGCAUUAAAGUGCCGAUUAAAUCGCGUGAGACUAUUGAAAUUCCUCCAACAGUGAAAUAUCACUAUGAAAAUCCUCCGCCUUUAUUACCCUCUCUUAGAGAUACUCUACGCUACGAUAUUGUAAAAAAACGCAAAUGUUUACCCAUUGCCCCGGAAAUUAUAUCCAAGGAAAGUGUAGCGGAGUCAUUAGUUAGAGAUUUAGAAGCCUUAAAAACUGCAAAAGCGAAACUCAGGGAGAUUCAAAGGGAAUUAGGGCAUAAAAUUGAAGGUUUAAGUAGCAGUUCUGAAAACGAGCAAGACGAGGGAGGAAAAUCUAGAGAAGCGAUAACAGACUGCUCCAAAAGCGACAUCGCCAAUGACAAUGACAAACCGCAGGAAGGUAAAGAAAAAAACACACAAAAGAGUUCAGUGAAAACAAGACGUGCUAAACAAAAUUCCAGUAAAAACAAUGAUGAAAAUAAAAGUUCGGAAGGGUUGGUAAUAGUAAAUGGAAAAGAAGAAGCAUCAUUACAAACGCCUCAAGAACAAAAGAAAAUUGAGGGCGAAGUUUUUAUAGAUUCUGAUGACGAAGUAAAACAUGAUCCCCAGAUCGAUGCUGAACUGAAGUGUUUGGAUGUAGACUUAAUUAAAAAGUUGGCUUUUCAACGCCUUCAGCAAUUGGUGCAAGAUCACCCUGAAAUUGUGAUGCAAUAUCAAAAUCGUACAGCUGCUAGACGUAUUCGAGAACUAAUUGAACAGCAGCAACAACAACAAUUGUUACCAUCUGAGAUUCUUUCACCAACCGAUAUAAGGCGACUUUCCAUUAUGUUUACUGGAGAAACAUCUUCCAUUUUAGCUCAACCUAAUUCUGCGUCAGAAAACGACGUGCCCCAAUUACAUCCAGCGUUAGCUACGGCCGCCGCAAUAGUAGCUGCCGACGAAGACGAAAAAAAGUACGUGCCACGUGAACGCACACAGCAAGAGAAAGCUCACGAAGUAGCCUAUCGACUUGAGCUAAAGCUAAUUCGAUGUAAAAUACGUGCACGUGCAGUACUUACACCUCUUGGCGAUAUCCUUGAAGAUAACCGUUGGUUUAGUAAUAUAGAAUUGACAUCGUCUUAUUUUAUGCGUUAUCGCUCAAUACAUAUUGGUUACGGUAGUGGCAACGGCUGUGUUGAUGUUAAUCUAUCCCUGAUAGGUUAUUGUAGUCGAGUAUCGCCGAAACAUGCCACCAUAUUCUAUGAUGAUUUUAGCAAAACUUAUGAGUUGAUAAAUUACUCUGAGUUUGGCACUGAAGUAAAUGGUCAAUUGUAUUCUUGUGAUUUCACGGAGCCUGGGCCCACGCCCGCUAAAAAACUUCGAAACGAAGAUGUAGAACUGCAAAGGAAAGUUCAGGCUAUCCUGGAUAGAAGACGAGGUCUGCAACGCCAACACUAUGUUAUAGAUAGGAAUGCUAGAAUGGCUCCGCCAUCUAAGCCAGAGUGCAAAUGCUCCCACUUAGCGAAUCCGCCAAUGAUUGCGGGUGCUUGGGAAGGUGCUGCAAUACUACAACACGGUACUCUUUUGCGUUUUGGUUGCUUGGCAUUUGUAUUUUCGAUACCUAGAAUCGAUAUGUUCAACGUACAACCACAUGGAUUAGAAUUUAUAUAAAACUUGUUUUUAUUUCUGUCUUCAUCCUUUAAAGCUUCUUCAUGUAUUUAAUGGACUUUGCGGAUAAUUUUAUUUUCAGUCUUUGUUUUAUCCUUUUUUUUAAUAAACUUUGUGACGUAGGCAAAUGGGUUAUAGACUAUUAAGAAUGUUCUAAAAUAAUAGUAAAGCAUUCAUAGUGACUCAUCCCCAUGUAUAUAUGAGCAAUGGGUGCAUCAUAAAACUUAAUGUCCAUCAUGUUCAAUUUAAUUGUAACUGAAAAACAUCCUUCUACAUGCCAUCACAAAAAAGAAAACUUAAAAAAAGGUUUACUAAAUGCAAUUUCAAUAAAGCAAAGAAGAAAAACAUUUUAUAUUAAUUUUCGGAUUUCAGGGCACUUACCUAAACAAAUAAGUAAAACAUAACAACAAUCUUUGAUACACAUCAUCAUUUCAAGCAAACGUAUGAAAAUUUCUGAAUCCUUAAUUUGUUCUCGUCGAAAAAUUCAAAACAAAGACAUUUCUUACAAAAUUCGCACUCAUAGGAGGAUCCCCAAAAGGUUAAUUGCACAAAAACAAAACAAAAAACAAACUGAUGCCAAAGGUUUCUAGUGCUACACAUAUCUUAAAGAAACGACAAUUAAGCAAAUGCACGAGAUCAAAGAUCAUAAUAAGAUUAUAUGGGAAUUGUGAAGGAGCCUCAUUUUUGAAAACUCUCACAAUAUAUAUAAAGCAAUUUCGUGUUCAGCUGAAGACAAUAGACAAUUUAAAGUGUACACUUAGGCAACCUGCAAACUGCGCAUAUUUGUUAAGUUUCUAUAAAUAUUCGGGAUCGAGAUCUAGAUGAUUAAAAAUUGCUUCGCAAGCAUUUUGACAAAGAAAGCACAUAUUUUUCGCCUUCAUUAAGCUAGAAUCAUAUUAAAAACAUACUUGCUAGUUUUGGAAAUACCAAUAGGUAAAUAGGCGUUGUUUUGGUAAAUAUCAGUUUUGCGAUCUGUUAUAAGCGAUAAGUUAAUAAAGUAAAUUCAAAUAUUUUUAUCUUCAUUUGAAGAUGUCCAACUCUCUAUCAAAAUGGAUUGCGCCCGUUUCCGAGCUAUAAUUAUUGCUCAACGAAACAUGAAAAGUUCAGCAGCCAUAGCAAAGCACAUUCAAAAUUUCCUAUCUGAAACUCUUCAGCCUUGAUAUGUUCACAUGAAACAGUUACCCAUUCAAUUUAAUUUUGAGUGUAGUCUAAUAUUGAAAAACCCAUUAAUUUUACUUUAUAACUAAAUGCAGCCAUGGGAGUAUCACAAUGAUGUGCAAUUACA